GUCAGAUUUUUUAUUUUUUUUACCUAUAUAUAUAUAUAUUGAUGAAUUAGUUAUAUAUAUAUAUAUUAUAUAUAAAUAUGUAAUUUUUAAAUUGGGAACUCUAUUCACUCCCCCCAAUCCAAGUACCAUAUGAUAUGGCCCAACUCUCAAAUACACGGCCCACUCACUCCACCCCACGGUCCCACCACUUUCAUUUGACUUUCCUUUAAUUAAAUCUAUCAAUACUAAAAAUUAGCACUAUUCACAAUUCACACUACAGAAGAAAGAAACGAAAAGUUCAUCUGAAAAGUAAAAAGGAGAAGAAGCAAAAAAUUGAAAGGCGCGAGACAGCGAAAGCAUAAUUCUGGGUUUUCAUUAAUCAUUCUUCUUCACAAAAUCCAACAUUGAAUUUGAGAUUAUCCAUCAUCAUCUUUCAUUUUAUUGAUUUCUAAUGGAUAAGAGAAAGAGAGGAAUUGAAUCGUACUUCCAAAAACAAAGUGCCCGAAUAGAUGUUGGUGGUUCCCGUUCAUCUAAUCCCGAGGUUCCAGUUCCAACUGUAGAUGCAAUUGAAAAAAGUCCACAACAAGCAGAAGUCCCUUGUCCAGAACUUCCCCCGCUUAAAAUCACAAAGAUUGGCAAUGAAUCUGAUGAUAUUCAUGUAGAACGUGAUCCAGGUAAACGAAAAAUGAUUUGGGAAUAUCCUGUGAAUAAAAGAGAUGAAAUUCGUCGAGAAUAUUUGAUGCACGGUCCUUAUCAAGUUAUGGUGCCCAGCUCUCAAAGGCCGAUUGAUAAGUGUAGUAGAAGGUUUUUGCUUUCUUGGUAUGAUCUAUUUCGGGAUUGGUUGGAAUAUUCACCUUCAGAAAAUGCCGUAUUUUGCUUUCCUUGUUUUCUUUUUGCCAAGAUAGAUUCAAAGUAUGGAGGCAAUGCUUUUGUUGUUGGUGGGUUUCGAACUUGGAAAAGAGUUAACAAUGGGAAAAAAUGUGCUUUUCUAAUCCAUGUAGGAAGUGCUCCCAAUUCUGCACAUAAAGUAGCUGUCAAAAGUUGUCUUGAUUUGAUGAACUCAUUGCAGCACAUUGGCAGAGUUGUUGACAAACAAACAUCCGAGUUAGUUAGAAAGAAUAGAUUACGAGUAAGAGCUUCAAUUGAUGUUGCUAAAUUAUGUGCUCUUCUAGGUAUUGCAUUCAGGGGACGUGAUGAGAGUCCUGACUCUCGUAAUCGUGGAAAUUUUUUAGAGAUUUUAAAGUACACAGCUUCUUAUAAUGAAGAGGUAGCUUCAGUGGUAUUAGAAAAUGCUCCUAAAAAUGCUUCAUAUACUUCUCAUUCAAUUCAGAAAGAGAUCUUAUCUGUCUAUGCCAGCAAAAUUCAGAAGUUCAUUCGAGCUGAGAUUGGUGAUGAAAAGUUCUGCAUCAUAGUAGAUGAAUCUCGAGAUGAAUCCAAAAGAGAACAGAUGGCUAUUAUUUUGAGAUUUGUGGAUAAGGAUGGGUUUGUUCGUGAAAGAUUUUUCGACAUAGUUCAUGUGGAAGACACCAAGGCAGCAACUCUGAAAAACAAAAUAAGUGAAGUUCUUUCUUAUCAUAAUCUCAGCAUUCAAAGCAUUCGAGGACAAGGAUACGAUGGUGCUAGUAACAUGAGAGGAGAAUGGAAUGGUUUGCAGGCUCUAUUUUUGAAUGAGUGCCCGUAUGCAUAUUACAUUCAUUGUUUCGCUCAUCGACUACAGCUGAUAUUAGUUGCUACAUCUCAAAAAGUUAUUCCUAUUGAGCACUUUUUUUCCCAGCUUCUUAUUAUUAUUAAUGUAGUUGAUUCUUCUGCGAAGCGCCAUGAUCAACUGCAAAUUGCGCAGGCUAUUCGAAUUGAAGAGUUGACUUCAACCAAUCAGCUUGAAACUGGCAGAGGAAAAAAUCAGAUUGGAAGUUUACAACGUCCAGGUGAUACACGAUGGAGCUCUCAUUUGAACUCUAUGCACAGCUUACUUAAGAUGUUUGAUUCUGUUCUUGUGGUACUUGGUGAGAUCAUAAAUGAUAAAAGUGCUGCUUCUAGGGCUGCAGCUGAUAAAGCUUAUGAUGUGAUGAUGUCCUUUGAAUUUGUAUUUGUCUUGCAUUUUCUUAUUGAUUUGUUGGGAAGAGCAAAUGAUCUUUGUAGAAUGUUGCAGUGCAUAUCCCAAGAUAUUGUUAAUGCAAUCGAUGCAGUAUCGAAUACAAAAGAGAUCAUCCAAAAAUUCCGAGAAAACGGUUGGAGUGGGUUACUAGAAAAGGUGAAGAGGUUUUGUGAGCAGCGAGAUAUUGAAAUUCCUGACAUGAAUGGUGUGCGUCGAUCAAGUAGAGGUCGUGCUCCGAACAAUCCUGUCACGUGGGAGCACCAUUAUCGAGUCGACAUCUUCUAUGGAACAAUAGAUUGCAUAUUGCAAGAAUUGGGAUUUAGAUUCAAUGAAGAUGCAAUUGAGUUGUUAAAGUUGAGUUCAUCUUUGGAUCCACGACGUGGGUAUGAAUUGUUUAGUAUUGAUGAUAUUUGCAAGCUAGUUGAGAAGUACUAUCCGGCUGAUUUUUCAAGUCAAGAUAAGCUACAUCUUAAGUAUCAACUCGAACUUUAUGAGCUUGACAUUCGAAAAAGUGCACAUUUUCAACAUGUUGAGACACUUCCUGAAUUAUGUCAACUAUUAUCAAAGACAGGUAAGUCAGCCAUUUACUAUCUUGUUGACAGGUUGAUUAGACUUAUUUUGACUCUUCCGGUUUCAACGGCAACAUCAGAACGUGCAUUCUCCGCCAUGAAAAUUGUGAAGACAAGGUUGCGAAAUAAAAUGGAAGAUGACUUCUUGUCUAGUUCUCUGAUAAUGUUUAUCGAGAGAGAAAUUGCUCAGAGCUUUGAUGUUGACUCAAUUAUAGAUGAGUUUGAUCUCAUGAAAACUCGUAGAUCGCAACUUAAAAUUGGUUGCAAGUGA